UAAGCAGAGUUAGGAAGCCAGGACAAAGAAGUUAAAGAGAGCCUGAUACAUACAUGUUUUUGAAGGCGAGCAGAGGGAAAAAAGUACCCCCAGUGAGGGUCUGCGGGUCUUAUUGUGUAGUUCUGAUGGAGCCCCCUUUGAGCAAGAGGAACCAGCCAGUGCCGAGAUUAGCGGAUUUGGCAGCUGCUCAGGCCAGGCCGCUUCAGAAUAUGACAGGUUUCCCGGCGCUGGCCAGCACGCCCGCCCACUCCCACCUCCGCGCUGCAACCGCGCACCUCCGCCCCGGGGAUGUGGGCUCUGACCCCGGCGUGGCCAGCACUCCGCUCGUACCCGAGCACAUGGCCCAGGCGAGCGCGCCUGGCCUCAGCCCUCCCUCCCAGGCCAAGGCCCCGGCGGCCGCCGCCCGCGCAGCAGCCUCGGUCGCGCACUCGGGCAUCCGCACCUACCCCGGCAGCGGGGGCAACCGCAGCGCUAAAUCCUCCGCGCCCCCGCCCUCGGCCCCUCCUCUUCCUCCCUCCCCUUCGCCCCCUCCCCCUCCUCCUCCUCCUCCCCCUCCUCCUCCUCCUGCCCUCUCGGGCUACACCACCACCAACAGUGGCGGCGGCGGCAGCAGCGGCAAAGGCCACAGCAGGGACUUCGUCCUCCGGAGGGACCUUUCCGCCACGGCCCCCGCGGCGGCCAUGCACGGGGUCCCGCUCGGAGGGGAGCAGCGGUCCCGCUCCGGCUCCCCCCAGCACUCGGCCCCGCCUCCCCGCUCGGCCGGCAUGUUCAUCUCGGCCAGCGGCACCUACGCGGGCCCGGACGGCAGCGGCGGGGGCCCCGCGCUCUUCCCCGCGCUGCACGACUCGCCGGGAGCCCCGGGAGGCCACCCACGCCCGCUCAACGGCCAGAUGCGCCUGGGGCUGGCGGCGGCGGCGGCAGCGGCCGCGGCUGAACUGUACGGCCGCGCCGAGCCUCCCUUCGCGCCGCGCUCCGGGGAUGCGCACUACGGGGCGGUGGCGGCCGCUGCAGCAGCCGCCCUGCACGGCUACGGAGCCGUGAACUUAAACCUGAACCUGGCGGCGGCGGCUGCCGCCGCAGCGGCUGGGCCGGGGCCCCACCUGCAGCACCACGCGCCGCCCCCGGCGCCGCUGCCGCCACCGGCGCCCGCGCAACACCCGCACCAGCACCACCCCCACCUCCCAGGGGCGGCUGGGGCCUUCCUGCGCUACAUGCGGCAGCCAAUCAAGCAGGAGCUCAUCUGCAAGUGGAUCGACCCCGAGGAGCUGGCCGGGCCGCCGCCACCGCCCCCGGCCGGCGGCGCCAAGCCCUGCUCCAAAACUUUCGGCACCAUGCACGAGCUGGUGAACCACGUCACGGUGGAGCACGUGGGCGGCCCCGAGCAGAGCAACCACGUCUGCUUCUGGGAGGACUGUCCGCGCGAGGGCAAGCCCUUCAAGGCCAAAUACAAGCUCAUCAACCACAUCCGCGUGCACACCGGCGAGAAGCCCUUCCCCUGCCCCUUUCCGGGCUGCGGCAAGGUCUUCGCGCGCUCCGAGAACCUCAAGAUCCACAAGCGCACUCAUACAGGGGAAAAGCCUUUCAAAUGUGAAUUUGAUGGCUGUGACAGGAAGUUUGCCAACAGCAGUGAUCGAAAGAAACAUUCCCACGUCCACACAAGCGACAAGCCCUACUACUGCAAGAUCCGAGGCUGUGACAAAUCCUACACUCAUCCCAGCUCUCUGAGGAAGCAUAUGAAGAUUCAUUGCAAGUCCCCACCACCUUCUCCAGGAGCCCUUGGUUAUUCGUCAGUGGGGACUCCAGUGGCUGCCCCCUUGUCCCCUGCGCUGGACCCAGCCAGGAGUCGCUCUAGCACUCUAUCCCCUCAGGUGACCAACCUCAAUGAGUGGUAUGUUUGCCAGGCCACUGGGGCCCCCAGCCACCUCCACACACCUUCCAGCAAUGGAACCACUUCCGAGUCUGAAGAUGAGGAGAUGUAUGGAAACUCUGAAGUUAUGCGGACGAUACAUUAGAAUUAUUAGUAUAAUAAGUGGGAGUUCUUGGACCAUAUCCUAACCUGAGACAAUGUUGAGCCUGAGACAAACCCAUGACUCAGACUUGCCACCAGCUCUAAUUAGCCCUAUUUAUUCAGUAUGAAACCCUAUGGUGUUUGUACAUUUAAUUAAUUUAAUUAAGAUAUUUGGGCUUUUUUUUCCUUAGAAAACAAAAAAAACCAACCAAGCUCACUUGUACAUUGCAGGGGGACAGGGCUGGGAACAAAUUAUACCAAGGAAAAUGAGUGAAGUAAUUAGGUAAAUCGGAAUACACACUGCCAAUGCAAUGUAUAUUUCUUUAAAAGGGGAGAGAAAGAGCAUUAAGUCAGAACUCAACACAGCAUCAAGGCCCUCUGCAUUUCCUGGAGUGCCUCCUGAAUGCCUUUGACACCAUAACUUGGGCUUCUUUGGAGCUUCUUCGCCUCCUCCUUGGGUCCUAAUUCUACAAAGGCCUCUUGAUUGUAACCACAUACUUGCUGCAUUGCCAACAGAUCUUGGACUGUACCUGUGUCCAAAACUACUUAUAAAAGCCUUUUAAGUUCUAAUACUUGUAAUUUUUAAUUUCUGCUCUUUUAUUACCGGUCUCACCAUAACAGUAUUUUUAUAUAGGAUUAUUUCUUCAGUAUCCUGCUUGUACGAUUUAAAAAAACAGAUGCAGCAACCUUAAUACAUCUCCAUAUAUUGUGCUACUGUGAUUGUUCAAGCAAAAGUGGAGAGAAGAAAGAUGCUGCAAUGCACAACUGUGAAACUGUGAUAUUUGAUAAAGUAGAAGAAAUUCAAGUGCUUUCUUUUUCCUCUAUUUUUUUUAAAUCUGAAAUCUCAGAUAAUGCCUCUUUACUGUGUCCAAUCUGCUUGUGUAAUAAAGAGAUGUUUUAGAUCAUAAAUUUUUUGGGAUGCCAAAAUUAACAGGCAAGUCUAAGGAGGUGUGAUGUUGGCAAUAUGCCUAUUUUUUUUGGAAGGCUGUUUUCUAAAAUGGGCCAACCCCUCUUUUAUACUGUUGUGUCAACCUUUUAAAAAGUCUUUAUUUUUCAAUGCUUGAAGCUGCAUUUUCAUGCAUUUCUUCUACCUGAGCACACAGAACUCUGUCCCAUUUUAAAAUGACAGUGUGUGAAGGGUAUGAUUUACAUUAAAAGAGGGGAAGGAGUUGCUAUACACAUUAAAUUUUUUAAAAGGUUUAUAGUUAUCACCAAACACUGAUGCAUGUGUGACCUUUGCCAGGCCUGUCACGCUAGGAUAAAAAAGGUCAAGGGCCUUGGCCAAUAACUCUUAGUCUAAUUUAUUUUCAGUUGGUACAACACAUCUUGUGUGCAAAACGUAGUCCAUCAUAAACAUUAUACAGACAUACUAAAGAGCACUAAUUUAUCCUCAGAGACCCUGAAGACACCCCCUCCCCAGGGUUUGUAGAAAUUUGUUUUGUGUGCUGUGAGUGGUUGAUAUAGUCUUGUCAUUGUUAAUAACUUGUAUGUGAAUGCUAUUAUUUGUACAGUUGGAUUAAUUUAUUUUUCAGACAUCCUUUGUUUUUCCUGGAAGAGUUCAAAGCACACCAAAGAUUAUAUUAUACAUUUUGGUGAAAGAUUGUCAUGAUCUACAGUUUAUUUAAAAGAAUAAGGAAAGAAAUGGGAAAAUAUAUAUUUUUAGCUUACUUGAAUGAACAGCAUUAUGUGAAAACCAGGACUCUUCCUGCAUGUCUUUUUUGCAUUGUGUUGAUGAGAUUAUUAUAUAUAGUUUAUAGAUAUAUUCCUAGUACAGUGCAUGGUGCUGUCACUUUGAAAGCCUUUCAAUGUCUCCAGAUUGUUACAGUGAAUAUGACUCAUGCAGACCCUCCUUUAUAAAGAAAAAUCAUAAAACUUGAAUAUAAAAUAA